AGUGCAGCUGUGGGUCGAGAACUCAAACAGAUAAAUUACACAACCUUCACACACAGGAGCAGAUACACCACCAGAAACCUCACAAGCUCCAGCAAUGCUUUUACACUACUUAGUGGAAUACUUUGAUUUUAAAAUCUUCCUUAUAGUAUUUUUUGUUUUUCUUCUACUUCUUGAUAUCAUCAGGAAUAGAAACCCACCCAACUUUCCACCAGGACCGUGGCCCCUACCUUUUGUGGGAAACAUUUUCACUGAGCUUGACUUCAAAUCGAUAAACAAGCUUGCUGAGAAAUAUGGAGACGUCUUCAGCCUGCACUGGGGCAGUGAGAAAGCUGUGUAUAUCUCUGGAUAUAAACUGGUGAAGGAGGCUCUCAUUACUAACCAGGACAACUUUGCAGACCGCCCUGCCAUCCCUCUCUUUAACAAAGUCUUUAAGGGACUUGGUGUAGCUCUCAGUAAUGGAUAUCUGUGGAAGAACCAGAGGAAGUUUGUCUUCACACAUCUACGCUCCUUUGGUGAAGGGAAGAAGACUCUGGAGCUGAGUAUCCAGCAGGAGAGCAUCUUUCUGUGUGAUGCUUUCAAAGCAGAACAGGGUCCUUUUGAUCCCCAGAUUUAUCUGAACAACGCAGUCUCCAACAUCAUCUCUGCACUAGUUUUUGGCCAUCGCUUUGAAUACCAUGAUGAGAAUUUCCAGAAUGUUUUGCGUUUGGAUAUUGAAGCUAUCAUUUUAGCAGGCUUGUCCCAAACUCAGCUGUAUAAUGCCUUCCCUGGCCUUUUUAAUUACCUUCCUGGCCCUCAUCAGAAGAUGUUUUCAAAUUAUGCAAAAAUAGUUGAAUUCUUAAAUGAAGAAAUAAGGAAACAUAAGGAGGAUUGGGAUCCCUCAAAUCCUCGUGAUUACAUUGACAGUUUCCUUCAAGAAAUGGAAAAGAGAAAGAGUGAUCCACAAGCAGGAUUUAACUUCGGUACAUUAGUGAGUGCAAUACUGGACUUGUUUGAAGCAGGGACAGAAUCCUCGGCCACUACAAUGCGCUGGGGUCUACUCUUCAUGAUGAAGUACCCUGAGAUACAGAAAAAGGUGCAGGCAGAGAUCGACAAAGUGAUCGGACAGUCACGCCAAGCCAGCAUGGCCGACAAACCCAACAUGCCCUACACUGAAGCUGUUAUUCAUGAGAUUCAAAGGAUGGGCGACAUUGUGCCUCUGGGUUUCCCAAAGAUGGCCAGUAAAGAUACUGUACUGGGUGGAUUCUUCAUACCAAAGGGCACAACUGUGACUACAAACCUGUCAUCUGUGCUUAAUGACAAGAACGAAUGGGAAACACCAGACAGGUUUAACCCAGGACACUUCCUGGAUGAUCAGGGCCAGUUCCUGAAGAAGGAUGCUUUCCUGCCCUUUUCAGCAGGGAAGAGAGCAUGUGUAGGGGAGCAGCUGGCUCGUAUGGAGCUCUUUCUCUUCUUCACCUCUUUGUUGCAGAGCUUCAGGAUCUCCCCUUGUCCUGGAGAAGAGCUGAGCUUGGAGGGUCAGAUAGGCUUCACAUACGCACCCAAACCCUACCGCAUGUGUGUGACUUCACGCUAAGCUAUAUAAUGUGGUUUUGAUUCUCAGCUCAGGCAUGAGAUCGAUGUUUGAUCAUGGAAGAACACAAACUAAUUGUGUUAAUGUUACGCAAUUCAAUCACGUAAAACUGAUGUGUUUGAGUUAAGUCAAUCCAACAAGAUUUUUUCUUUGUGAUGGACUCGGAAUUUCAAAAUUCUUCAUAAAUAAAGUCAGGAAAUUGUCUAGGCCAUUUUCUCCACCGAUUCAGAUUUUUUACAUGACAAAAUUAUAUUAAUGUGUAAUAUGUCCUGUUGUACUGCUCCAUGCAUUUUAAUUUAAUUAUAUGUAUCACAAUGCUCCCAUCUUUGUAUUUUAAUCUGACGGGAAAAAUGAAAAGAAAAGAAAAGAAAGAAAAGAAACAAUGA